GCAUCUCUACACUUCGUAUCAUUACUGCGGUAACGUGCGAUACAGCGCUCACGACAACUCUUAUCACUGACGAUCCCCUUCUUAAGACAUUGAUCUUUUGCCAUCUCAUCGAUAGAUCAAGUUUAAUCUAUUAAAGAAGAAAAGAGAAGAAAUUUUCUUUUGACGUACAAACGUCUUUUUGUUUUCCGUUACUCGAAGAACAACUCGUAUCGGCGAUUACUUUCAUAAAAUCCAACAUGAGGGCUGAAUUCGGUCUAAGAACUAGCAUCCUCCUUGUCAUCUUCGGCAUCGUCUGCGCGGUGGAAAAUUAUGUGGAUUAUGGAGACGAAUCACCGGACAAAUCGACGGCCGAGAAUAUUCACGAACUUUACAGACUCAUCCUGCAACGGAACGCUUUAGAAAACGGCGGAUUUAAUGGGGUCCCAUUGGAACAUCUGAUGAUUCGUAAAUCUCAACGAUCGCCGUCAUUGCGCUUACGAUUUGGUCGUUCUGGUUCACCUCACAUUUCGGCGGGCAUGCUCUCGAAGCCGAUGGCAGCUGUGGCGACGGGUUUCGAGGAUAACAAUUAAUAAAAGCGUUGGACGAAUUGAAUUAUUUUUCCUUUGCUAUGAAACGACGUCACUCUCUUAUAUUUCUCAUAAAUCUUAGAUAAGGCGUAAGAAAACUUCUCUCGUAUCUACGCUUAUUAUAUUAACGACAGUGGGAAAGUAAACCAAACAAAGAAAAAAAAAAAAAAAAAAGAAAAAAAAAGAAGAGCAAAAAAAGAAAAAAGAAGAUUUAUCGUCAUCAUUUAAUCCGUAAUCAAUAAUUAUCUCUGAAGAUUCUUCCGUUUCAUCUUCGACUUAUAAUAGCGAUGUUCUAUCUUUACUAUCAAACAGGAAAAGAAAAAAAAAAAAAAGAAAAAGGAAAAGAAAAAGAGGAAAAAGAAAUAGUAAAAUAGAGAGAAAGAGAGAUGUGUAUAUCAAAAAUAUCAAAAGAAAAUCGUCAUUUGGAAACUUCAAAACCAAUUGCUCCUAUAAUUAAUUAUCUAAUUUAUUUGUAUUAAUGGUAAACCAUAAAAGAUAAUAUAAUUCAUGUAACAAAAUCUUGAAUGGACAUAUGAAAUGCAUUUUAUCGUACGUUAUAUUCAUUUUUUAUUUGUCGAUUAAACGAUUGAUACAAUAGCUUUCCAUUAGAUAAGAGGAUUGUCGUUAAUUAAGUAGAAACUUGCAUACAUAAAUAGUCCUGUGUAAAACUUUAUAUACCUAAUCGUUACUAUCUGCUGCUUGUUUUCAUUCUGAAAGCUAAAAUAGUGUUUCGUUUUAGCGAAAAAAAAAAAAA